UAAGAAUCAAACACGCGAUAUAUCAUCAUGUCGUUUGACACGAGUCUGUUCACGACAAACUUGUGAUUUAUUGCUAUACUUUAAAGGUUUAGUCUAAACUGUUGACCAAAGAGAGAAAACAAGCAGAACCGACUAUUUCAAAUGAAGAACUCCUGAAGCAAGACUGUGCGCGCUCCCCUUUCAGACGUCUGCGUGUGAUGCAUUAAAAUAACAGCACAAGGUUGUGAAUAAACAUUUCGUUAAGAAACAUUUGAUGUGCUCGUCCUCAGACUCCUGACCCACAUGGCACAACCCGACGAGCCGUACACAUCUUUAAACUGCCCGGAGGAGAACGACGAAACGAGGAGCGACCAGUUUGAGUCAGAACAUCUGUCAGCACAGCAGAUUGUCCUCCAACAUGACACAUUCAGCCACAGUCAUCUGUCUGUACCGUACGCCCGUCAGACGCCCUACUCCAGCUGGCACGAGCCCGUGAGAGACCGUCAGUACUCCAGUUACUAUAAGACAGACCAGAGAGACGGAUCUCCUCACAGUUUACCCUCCUGUCUACCAUCAGUGGUGUAUCAGACCAUCUCAGACGGCAGUCUGUUCUGUCCCAGCAGACCUCACUCUCUUCCAGGCAGCUGUAGCUCCAGUCUCAUCAGUCUUGAACUUCCUCGGUCUCUGCAUUCAUACGUCCCAUCUGCACAGAUACACCCCCCACACCCAUCGUACAUCAACCCAUACCCGCAUCCACCGCACUGCCGUCAGUUUGGUCAGCCUCAGCACCACGCGGCGCCUGCACAUCACUGUAACUCCAGACCUGGACAUCAGAUGACCUACAGACCUUCAGACCCGGCACACUACAGACAAAUGGAUUACCAUUCUUCUGAACACAGUAAUGUGUCUCCUAAACCCAAACAAGACGGACCCAACAUCACUCACCUGUCUCAAGAACACCGGAAAGUGUUCGUCACAUAUGAGGCCGACAGCGACGAGCACUUGAAAGAGAUCAUCAAGUUUGUGGCUUUGCUGAGGAACAACGGCUUCGACACACACAUCGACGUUUUUGAGGAACAGCUGAGCAGCAUCAGUAAGAUUGACUGUAUGGAGAGAUACCUCAAUGAGAAAGAUUAUCUGAUUAUCAUCAUCAUCAGCCUGAGAUAUUACAAGACUGUAUCAGGCAUGAACACCGGCAGAGACGAUGAUGAGAAGACAUCCAACACAGUUUAUAUUCACAGACAGCUGCAGAGUGAAUUUAUUCAGAACGGCUGCCGAAACUACAGAUUCAUACCCAUCCUCUUCCCCGGAGCCAACAAGAGUUACGUCCCGUCCUGGCUGCGUAACACGCACAUCUACAGCUGGCCUAAAGACCGUGAUGAUAUUCUCCGCAGGUUAAUGCGUGUGGAGAAAUAUAAUCCUCCUCCCGUCGGUCCUCUGCCCACUAUAGUUCCAAUUCCUCUAUAAGAGACGUCUCAAACCGAAGGCUCUCCAGAUGGUACAGAGGUGGAGGAUUAAUGGCAUUUUAUGAAAUACAGAAUUUAGCAUAAACAUGAGAGAAAUACGACCACCCACCAACAAAAUUGAUGUUCCAGCAUUGUUUUGGUUGAAUUAAAACUGUGUUUGAGAACUCAGUACUGCUGUACUCUUACUGACAUUUAUCAUUACAAACCAUACAGAGAUUUCAAUCGGUGCUCUUCAUGUUAUUAUGGUUUCUACAUUGGUUCUUUUGUAUUUUGUGUGGAUUUGAUGUUUAUAUUGUGAUUUCGAUGCAUGCAGUUUUGUGUGGUAUGACAGCAGAUAAAAGUGAUCUUAUAGUUUCUUAUAAGAACUUUUAGCAACGGCUAGUCAUCCAUGUGAAGUAAAUACUAGUUUAAUGUUUCUAUAUUUGUAGCAGUUUGAGAUGAUGCUGAAUUGGAUUUUGCUUAAAAAUCAUUCAACAAAUUUAACCGACUGUGUGUCAUUAUUCACUGUGUUUGAUGAAUGAUAGAAGUCAAAUAAGUACUACAAUAACAUUAUAAAACGGUCAGUUCUGGUCCUCGAUUCUGAUUGGCUGAGCCGAGUUCUAAGCCGUUAUAAAAUACCCCGAUUUAUAACGGCUGACUGCAUUACAUAGCCUAAAUA